AUGAAGAAGUUGCAAGAUAUUGUUACAGAGGAGGCCAUACUAAUUUUAGGUGUUAAAGAAGAGCUCAUAGAGCUGAAGAGAAGAAUGGAGCAAAUAUGGUACUUUCUUAAUGAUGCAGAGAAAAGGAGCAUAAAAGAAUCUGCUGUUAACAAUUGGCUUGGUCAGCUAAGAGAUGCUAUGUAUGAUGCUGAUGAUAUCAUUGACUUGGCCAAAUCCAAAGGAAGCAAGCUAUUGCCAGGCCAUUCUUCAUUAGUAUCAAGCAGUUCAAAUACAUGUAGUGGCCUUUCUCUUUCCUCUUGCUUUUUUAAUAUCCAGACACGUCAUGAGAUUGCAGUUAAGAUUAAAAACUUAAACAAAAGAAUUGAUAAUAUUUCAAAGGAUCAAGUAUUUACUUCACUCAAGAGUACACAAUCAACUGUAACAGUUUCUGUACCAAAACAGAGAAGAAGUUCCAGCCUUGUUGAGCCAAACCUUGUUGGUAAGGAGAUCUUACGUGCUUGCAGAAAAGUAGUAGAUUUGGUGCUUGCACAUAAGGAAAAAAGGUCUUAUAAGCUUGCUAUCGUUGGAACAGGAGGAGUUGGUAAGACAACACUAGCACAAAAAAUAUACAAUGACCAAAAACUAAAAGGGAGCUUCAACAAACAAGCAUGGGUUUGUGUUUCCCAAGAUUUCUCUGAAAUAGCUAUUUUAAAGGAGAUUCUACGAAAAAUUGAAGUACAGUACAUGCCAGAUGAAUUAACCGAUGAGCUCCAAAGCAAGCUAGAACUGUCCAUUAAGGAUAAGAGUUUUUUUCUUGUGCUGGAUGACGUGUGGCAGUCAGACAUAUGGACAAAUCUACUGAGAAUCCCACUACAUGCUGCAUCCUCAGUAGUAGUUUUAUUGACAACUCGAUUUGACACUGUUGCUGUAGAAACAGGAAUGGACUAUACGCAUCGAGUUGAUUUAAUGUCACUGGAUAUAGGAUGGGAGUUACUAUGGAAGAGCAUGGGCAGCAAAGAAGAAAAAGAAAUGUGGUGGUCUUCCCUUGCAAUUAAAGUCAUUGCUAGAGUUUUGGCAACCAAAGAUCAAACUGAGAAUGAGUGGAAGAAGAUUUUGGUAAAAGAUGCUUGGUCCAUGAGUAGUCUUCCUAGUGAAAUAACAAGUCCUAUAUAUCUAAGUUACGAAGAGCUGCCACACCAUUUGAAGCAAUGUUUUAUCUAUUGUGCUAUUUUCCCUGAAGAUUCGGUAAUCUACCGUGAUGAUAUUAGAAGAACUUUUGUUGGUGAUCCAGAUUCAGCAGGGGUUACUGUUAUGAGUAAAUUCCGCCGUAUUUCAGCAGUCACUAUGAAUGAUAUGGUUGUGUUACCUAGAACAGAUAAGGGGAAAUGUAAAGUGAGAACUUGGAGAACAUCUGAUACAAAGUCUUUGAGAGUGGAUGAUACAAUAUUUGAAAGAUUACCAUGCAUUCGAGUUUUGGAUUUGACAGGUUCACAGAUACAAGUUGUUCCACCUUGCAUUGGACGUUUGAUCCACCUACGGUUACUAGACCUUGAUGGGACUGACAUAUCUUCUCUUCCAGAGUCCAUCUGUUGUCUCAUAAACCUUCAGAUAUUGAAUUUGCAGGGGUGUGAUUCUUUGCAUAGUCUUCCCUCAGGAAUAACUCAGCUAUGCAACUUAAGGCGAUUUGGCCUAGACGAUACACCAAUAAAUGAGGUUCCAGAAGGUAUUGGCAGAUUAAUUUCUCUCAACGAUUUACAAGGCUUUCCUGUUGGUGACGGCUCUUAUAACAAUUCUGUAAUGCAAGAUGGAUGGAAUAUAGAAGAAUUGGAUCCCCUUUGGCAGUUGAGGAGGCUUGAUAUGAUCAAACUGGAAAGAGCAGUUCCUCCUAGUAAAGAUUCACUGCUAGCAAACAAAAAACAUCUCAGAAAAUUAGUGCUACGUUGCACUGAACACAUAGGUGAGCCAUAUUCUGAAAAAGCUGUAAUCAAUAUUGAGGAAACCUUUGAUUUGCUAAUCCCUGCACACAACCUGGAGGAUCUCUGUCUUGUGAAUUUCUUUGGUCGGAGGUUUCCCGUCUGGCUAGGUAGUGCUGCCCAUUUGCCUUCACUGACAUACUUGAAGCUCAUAGAUUGCAAAUCAUGUGUUCAUCUUCCACCAAUCGGUCAGCUCCCCAACUUGAAAUAUCUGAAAAUCAAAGGAACCACUGCAGUCACCAUGAUUGGACCCGAAUUUGUUGGCUCUGGGAUGGGUAAUCUCAGAUCUACAGAGGCAGUAGCUUUUCCCAAGCUUGAAACAUUGGUCAUCAUGGAUAUGCCCAACUGGGAGGAGUGGUCCUUUGUUGCUGAAGAAAAACAAGAAGCAACAACAGCAUUCACGGAAGGAGCAGAGGAUAAGGCUGCUGCAAAUCAAAAGUGGGAUGCCCCACCUCCAAGGAUACAGCUGCUGCCACGAUUGAAGCGGUUGGACCUGGUCCGCUGCCCCAAGCUGAGGGCUCUCCCAGAGCAGUUUGGACAGGAGGCCACCAGCUUGAAGGAGCUCUAUUUAAGAAAAGUGCACAGCCUUAAGGUGGUGGAGGACAUCUGUUUCCUCUCAGAGGUCCUUUUAAUAUCAGAUUGCGAAGUCCUAGAGAGGGUCUCAAGUCUUCCGCGCGUGAGAGAGCUGCGGGUAACUCGCUGUCCAAAUUUAAGGCGGGUCGAGGAGUUGGGUAGUCUUGAGCAGCUGUGGCUGGACAUGGAUAUGCAGGACCUGUCCUCACUGUGGGUGCCAGGGCUCAAACACGGACGCCAAAAAUGCCCUGGCGAAGACCUCGAAGUGUUCACAUGGCCUAGGGAGUGA